AUGACGGUGAUUACAGUUGCUAAGUUAAACAAAAUACUGACCGAGUGCGGAUUCAGUGAAGUCGAAAAUGAUGUGUCAUCCGAAGUCGUUAAACAGAUCAACAAGAUGACCAACAAUCGCAAGGAGGCAGCGAUGUUUGUCGCCCAACUGAUCCAUGAGAGUGAAGGAUUCCAGCAUCUGGAAGAAUGCAACAAAGGAGCCGGUCAACCGUACGUUCCUUACUAUGGCCGAGGAUACAUCCAGCUAACUUGGGACUACAAUUACAAGGCAGCCUCGAAAUUUUUUUUCAAAGGAGACGAAAGGGUACUGUUAAAAAAACCGAAUUUGCUAUCGGCUAGCCCGGAAAUGGGCAUGCGUGUGUCGGUAUGGUUCUGGAAGACGUAUGUACGCAAGAAAGCUGGUUCGUUUAAUAAUUUCCAUGCCACUACAAAAGUUAUCAACGGUGGACUGGAAUCGGAUCCCGAGCAUCCAAAGGCGAAGAAACGGUACGAGUACUAUCAGAAGGCUGCUAAGGUGUUGGAAACACCAGACAAUGAUCAUAAUUACCUGUUAUACGCUGCAGGGCUUACAGCAGCCGUUGUGUGUGUAGGUGCGGUAGCUAUUGCAUGCCCAUCAGUUCUAUGGUGCGGGUGUUUACUAUAAAAGUUAAAAAUCAGCAUUGCAUUCAUAUAUACAUGCUAAUAAAUCGUAUGCGAUGCGCAAAAUUGGCAUAUCCGUGGUAUUUUGGAGGCGAUAUACAUGAUGAGGAAUAAACAUACGUAUUUCAUCGAUACCUAUAAUUAGCAACAUUCAAAACAUAUCAACAAGGAGUAUUUCUGAUUCUCCCUUCAUGACGUUACACUGUUGAUUCUCGAUAAGCGCAUUUUAGAAGUAAUUCGACAAUAAUUGUCGAUAAUGCACUAAUUAUUCGUGCGUCCUUCCGCUGAAUUUUACUCUGAUUUGAAAAUUGGAAUAAAAAUGUCCAACCAUUAUCGCUGAGAAUCUUACAAGAUUUAUGGAUAUUCUUUUAGGUGCCGAAGAAUAAAAACAUUUUCUUAUGUUACAACAUUGAAGUUUUAUCAACCAUCCAUCAACCAAUCCAGAGGUGCCUAGGUUUGGUCAUCACGGAUCUAAUUUGAAC